AUGCGUACCUCCAUCGCCGCAGCCGUGUGCCCUUUCAUGGGUCUGGUCUUCUGCACCGCUCAACCCUUCAACAACAUAACUUCCAAAGCCACAAACAACACCUCGACCACAUCCUGCAUCUCCCCCGCCGAUGCCAUCCUAAUCGCCAACGGCUUCGGUCAAAUCCUCUCGAACUUUACCACUUCUUGGGGUGAUGUCUUGAUUGCAGAUGACUAUAUCGAUCAAAGUGACAGUGUGGCUACAUUGAUGCAUUCGCCAAAUGUACUUGCUUCCGAUUUGGGCAAAACAACCUUUUCCUCAAAAGCCUCCUUUUUAGCCGGUGAAGCAGCUCAACCAGGUGUCCCCUUUUCGUUGCUCAACACAUGGUCUUCCUGCGAUGCUGUCACAUUCCGCUAUGUUCUUUCUCCUCCGGGCUUGGACGUUCAAGGUAUUGCUGUUGCAGAAGUCGUAGAGGUGGCGAAGAAUGAGACUGGCAAGGGUGUUGGUGAGGGAAGUCAGAAGUGGCAGAUCAAGACUUUUUAUGGAGAGUUUAACUCGGCGGUCUGGUUGACUGAUUUGAAGGACGGGAUUGUGGGGUGCGAUGUUAGUGGUAAUGUCACUGUUGCUGGAAACGAGACUGUUGUUUGA